AUGAUCAUCAUUCCGUGGACAGUUGAUCAAUUAUUUAAUUGUAACAAUAUUAUCAUUAUAGGAUGGCUCGCAUUAAUAUUUGCACCAUUUCAUAAAUUAUCAAAAUAUUUGAUUUUUUUAUCAGCUUUUCUUUUAUCACUUUUGUAUACAUUAAUAUUAUUGGAAACAUUAUUUCUUCGAAACUCAAAUAAUACACUAUUAGAUGUUUAUCAAUUAUCUGGAUGGUUCGAUUUAUUGAAAGAUCCAUUAUUAAUCAUUGGUACUAUUUAUCAUUUGCAUAUUAUGGAUUUAUGGGUCGGUCGAUGGAUGGUAUAUGAUUUUUAUAGUGGAUAUAGUUUUGCUUAUAGUAUUACAAAUCAUUCAAAUGGUAAAUAUUACGUCAAUCGAUCAUGGACAUUUGGACGAAUUAUUUUUACUCUAAUUCUUUUAACAACUUAUAUAGCGGCACCAUUUGGAUUUUUACUUUAUAUUGUAGCUAAAUGUACUUUCUUGACAAAAUAUAAACUUGAAGAUCGAAUUGAUGUGAAUAAUUAUCAAGAUUUCAUUGAAAAAUCGCAAAUGUAUCAUAUGCAAACUGAUUUAUUUAUUCCUCACUACGUUCGAUUUGGUGAUAAUUUCCCGAAAUCUCUACGUAAAAUUUAUCAUUUCUUACUUGGUAUACUUGGAUUGUUCGUUUUAUUCGUUGUUGCUUUGCCUAUUUACGUUGUAUUGAUCAUUUAUUGUCGUAUUACUUAUCGAACUUCAUCGGCAUCAACACAGCAGUCAAAUACCAAUUCAGAAAUAACUCCAAACAAAAGAAUUCCUGACUAUGUUCGUAAUGUUACAGCAACAAUAAGAUUAAAGUUAAUUACAACAUCAAUGACUCGAAGAAAUUACAUCUGGUAUUGUAAAUUUUUACUUUUACAAUUAGCAACAUUUAUUGAAUAUAUUCUGAAUGCACCUAAUCCACAUGCUUUAUUUCAUGUAUUAGAAGAUUAUUUUGUAAAAGUUUACAAUUUACCAUAUUUUGUAUUUGGUGACGGUAUUGGUGUUGGUUCGUAUGAAUUAGUAAAACGAUAUAUACAAGAUAUUCCACCGCGUAAAGGUUUAGAAUCAUUAGGCUGGAAAGUUUCUUCGUCUCAAGAAACAUUUUGUGAUUUAACGACUAUAUUUCUUUCAUCAGAUGAUCCAAAUAUGAAAUUAAGUCGUCAUAUCAUUUUUAAAUGGUUACAUGCCUUUCCUCAUCAUCUAUUCGAGGCAAAUUCUGAAGCACAACUUCAUUUAUCUAGAAUUGUACCACGUAAAAUUGAUGGACAACCGAAUAAACAUGUUGUAUAUCGAGCAGUUGGUGAAGUGAUGUUUUACUUAGCGACGAAUGGUGAAUUAAGAAAAAAUGAACGAGCUGCUUUUAUUGAUUGUGUUGAAACACCAUUCAUAUUUUUUCCAAAUUGGUUCAAUUUCUUAUUAUUUGGACAUUAUUUCGAACGAAAAACUUUAAAAAGUUAUUACACUUUACUUCAAGCAUUUGCACGAUAUAUUGAUGGAGCAGCAUUACAUGCUGCUUUUAUUGCAGCAGAUAAUCAAAAAUCAAAAUCUGAAGUAUUAAAAUUAAUUACAGUGGUAUUUUGUGUUGCAGGAAGUGUUGCUCCAUCUAAAUUAGCAGUAACUGUUAUCGAAAGAUUAUGGUCAAAUCCAGAUAAAUAUGUUCAUUUAUUUCGAAAAAAUCCACAUAAUUUUAUUAAAGAAUGUGCACGACUCGAUAAAGUUGUACCAAUGGUAAAUGUUUUAGCUACGUUUGAUAUUGCUAAUGAAAUUGAAAAUAAAUUUAAGAAGAAAUAUGAAAAUAUUAAUAUUUAUGAAAAUACGCCUAUUCAUUGUUCAAUUGUCAAUGCAAAUCGUGACAAGACAAUAUUUCAAAAUCCUGAAAAUUUUAUGCCAGAAAGGUCUGAUUUAAAUAAAAUCAUUGUUUGGAAUGGUGUCGAAGAAGAUAUUAUCAAUCUUGAUAAAACAAAACGACCACCACGCUACUGUCCAGGACAUGAUCUAUCUCUUGAUGUUAUUCAAUUUGUAGCUGAACGAUUUGCACCACCUAUAUUUGAUAAUAAUGACUCAGAGAAAGCAGAUUUUUCAUCGACUAUACAUAAUCCACAAGAUGAUAAUAAAUCUCAACAAUUAGAUCAUUUAAUCGAAAAAGAUAUGAUUAUAAAAUCAUUAGUUUCAACAAAAUCUGCUAAUGAAAUAUUCGAUGAAAAUGAACGACAAUGGGUUUUAUCAAAUUUGAAUAUCAAUCAAUUCAAUGAAAGAGAUCAAAAUUGUUACAAUGCAUUAGAUAAUUACACGAAAAUAGUAAUGCUACUAAUGCAACUUGCCAUUAACGAAUCAAAUUCAUUUCCACCACGUGCUAUUGAUAUUCAACCACCAUUAGAUUUACCAACACACGAUCUAGGUAUGUUUCGUAUUGACAUGGCUAAAUUUGUACCAAGUUGGGAUGAAGAUCAACCGAAUAGUUCACCACUAUUGAGACGUUUGGUUCGUUGGUUAAUAAAUCAAAACAUAUGGGGCUUUCGUGAUUCAUUAAUAGAAUUUGAUACACCUGAACAAGCACUUGCAUGGCGUUCAAAAAUGUUUCCUGCAUUACCAAUACCAAAUGUUGUUUAUACAGAUAUGUUAUCUGAUGAAGCUAUGACUCAAUUAGCUUUUGCUGGAUGUGCAUGUCAUUAUACUCAAAGAGUUGAACAACGAGAACAGUCUGGUCAUAGUAUACCAGAAGGGAAACUUUUAAAUGAUGCUGUCUAUGUAAAUGAUAUGACUGGUUUAUCAACUUUUUCUGUUCGAAAACCAUUUGAACGUUAUGGUGCUGCUGCUUAUUUUGAUAAAGACUUUCAAAUAAUCGGUAUCUAUUGGUCUCAUGAUUCACGUUUAGUUAAAAAAGAUGAUCAAUUUUGGGAUCAUGCAAAAUAUGUAUGGCGUUCAUCAUUCUUUGCAUAUAUUACAAUAGGUGAUCAUCUAAUUUCUACACAUAUGAUCGAAUCUAACGCAUUUGUAAGUGCAUCACGUAAACAUUUACCAGCUGAUCAUCCAUUAAGAAUUUUUAUAAAACCAUUUACUUAUCAUACUGUAUCAAUUAAUUAUCUAGCUGCAUUAUCAUUAGUUAACAAAGGUGGUUUAGUACAUAGAAUAUGGGCAUUUGAUUAUGAUGAAUUUCUUAAAGUAUGCGAUUAUAUAUCUAUUCAUUAUAAAUUUCGUACAGUACCAAAUUUUAUUCCUAAAUCAAUGUAUCCAAAUAAGAAUGAUAGAACAGAUGAUGAAUGGGACAAAAUUUAUCCUAUCUAUCAUGAUCUCAAUGCAUAUUGGAAUAUCAUACAAAAAUAUGUUAAGAAUUUUUUCAAGAUCAAUUAUAAUUUAUCAAUCGAUAAUGGAAAUGAUCAUUUACCUAAUGAUUCAUAUAUUAGAAAUUUUAUUUAUGAAAUAUGCAAACAACUUGGCAUUUCAGGUAUUACGUCAUUACAACAUUUUAUUGAUGUUUUAUCACAAUUAAUUGCUGCUAGUACAGGUAUACAUGAACAUGUUGGUCAAAUAAGUGAUUAUAUGACUGAUCCUCGAUUCAUUGGUGCUAAAUUACAACAAGGCAAAGAAAUGCAAAAUAUUCAAACAUAUUCACAAAUAUUAGUUUUAUCAGUUAUUACUGGUUUACGUAUGCCUGGUUUAUUAGAAGAUUGGAGUCAUUUAAUAGAACGUAAUCGAUAUUAUUCGCAGAAUUUACAAAAUUAUCAAACUUUUAAAAAAGAAUUGAAAGAACUAUCCAACGACAUUGAUUCUCGUAAUAAAAUAAGAAAAUACCCAUUUCAAUCGUUUAAUCCAAAGUAUAUGGAAUGUUCAACAUCAGUUUAA